AUGGCUGUCGUUUACUUCGAGACAAGCUGGGCCAUCUUGAGCACUAUCGGCGUGGCCAAUACGCUAUUUGGCUUCAUCAUUGCUGGCAUCACGGCCUUUUCGCCAGUAUCACUUAUACCAAUUGUUGUUUCUGUCGCAGGCUCUAUCGCAAAUGGGUUAUGUUAUUACAGCUUCUAUGCAGACUACCCCAUCUUGAAUACGGCGGUCGCGUCUGGUGUUGCGGAUGUUAUGUGGAUGAUUCAAGAAGCAGGCAUUUCCUUCUACAGUUAUGCUAUUCUCACCCGCGUCCUGCGCAGCCGCGACCGUAUCGUUUUCAUGACUCUUUUCUGGAUAGUGAUAGGCACCAUCUUUGUUCUCAGAAUGAUGAUACUGGUUUCUCGGGUGAAGAUACUCGUAAAUGGAGAGUCUGAUCUAAUGCCGACCAUCAACGGUCUCCAUGUUGGCUAUUUCUCAUCCCUGGCUGUCCUUGAGUGUCUCAGCGCUUUCUUCCUCCUGCGCAAAUUUGCCGCGGCGAAGUCGAUAUCACAAGGGGCAUCAAUCGCAUCGACGCUCUUCCAGCAUUUGAUGCGAAGCACAGAGAUUCGCCUCGCCAUCCUGGCAUUAAUCGGAGUUACAAGGGCAGUCACCUACUUUUUUCAACCCGCAGUUCAGCAAGCCCGGACAGUGGCAGGCCAAAUCGACAGAUUUGUGUACACUCUUGAGUCAUUGACAUACUGGUCUCCCGCCUAG